CCAUCUGACAACACAAACAAUCAAAGUGUACUCACUACGAUUUAGAUUCCCUCAAAAUAAAAAAUAAAAAAAAGAAAGCCCAACCCCCAUUUCUAGGUUCUAUAAAUCUCAACUCUUUUCCCUCUUUAAACCCUUCAUUAUUCACUCUUUUUCAUCACCCCAUAAUACAAAUAUCCCUUUUUUUUUUCCUCCUUAAACCACAAUUUCUUCUCUCACUUUUUGAUCUUUUUUGUCACAUUCUCAUGGCUGAAUUCGAAGAGUACCAAGAAUCCGAGGUUAUUUUCUCCGACGACGACAACAACAACGAAGGCACCCACUUUGAUUUCCAAGACAUGAUUGUGUCCCUCAAGUCCUCAUCCAAUUCCAAGAUUAAGAAGAAGAAAAGGGUGGCGAAUUCGGUGCCGCUCAAUAUACCGGAUAGCGUAUUCCGCUUCGCAGAUAAGCGUGACGUCGACCGGGAUUGGGACGACGAGGAGGACGGCAACGACGACGGUGAAUUGGUGCCGCCGCACGUGAUCGUGGGGCGGCGGAUGGCGGGCGGAAAGAUGGCGUACUCGGUGUGUACAGGCAAUGGGAGGACCCUCAAGGGACGGGAUUUGAGCCAAGUUCGGAAUUCCAUUCUUAGGAUGACUGGCUUCUUGGAAACAUGACACCCCCAAAAAAAAAUUCAAAAGUAUAUGAUAUGAUAUGAUCCUCGCAAGAAUUAUUAGAAAAAAUUGUUGCAUCAAUAUUGUUAAUUAUUAUUAGAUGAGAAAUGAAGACAAUACAAAGGAAAAAUGAGGGAUGGUAAAAAGUGUUAUUACGUCCCUUAUUGUUAGUCAUUUUUUCAUCUUCUUUUUUUUGAAUAAUUGAAUUGGGAUUGAUUAGGAAGUGAAUUA